ACAGUUCAGCUCGACUCUGCAAGAACUACAUUAUUCAGAAAGGAGACAUCAGAGCCCCACUGACUGUUGAUAUACAGAACAACACACGCUACUGCAGGACGACAGAGGGCCAUAAUGACACAGGGCAAGCUGUUACUUGCGAACAAGACCACUAAUGGCUCCUCCAGUGGACAGGACUUAGUGUCACCAGCUCCUCCCACCUAUGAGGAAGCCACUGCAGGCACCAGUGCUCCGUGCUACAAUGAUGUUGAGAUGCUCACAGAGUUCACCUGGGAUGAUCGCAACAUCAGGAGGGUCUUCAUCCGUAAGGUGUACGCCAUCUUGAUGAUCCAGCUUUUGGUCACUCUCGCUAUUGUGGCUCUUUUCACAUUCUGUGCCCCUGUGAAGGACUACAUUCAAACCAACCCUGGGUGGUACUGGGCCUCUUAUGCUGUGUUCUUUGUCACAUAUCUGACCCUAUCUUGCUGCUCUGCACCACGGCGACAGUUUCCAUGGAAUCUGAUUCUGCUUGCCAUCUUUACCCUGUCACUCUCCUACAUGACAGGGAUGUUGUCCAGCUACUAUAACACCAAGUCAGUGGUGAUGUGUCUGGGCAUCACAGCAGCAGUCUGUCUCCUGGUCACCAUCUUCAGCUUCCAAACGAAGUUUGACGUGACAUCAUACCAAGGCGUGCUCUUUGUCUUCUGCAUGGUCAUGUUCAUCUCGGGACUGGUGCUGGCACUCGUCCUCCCCUUUCAAUAUGUACCCUGGUUGGAUGCCAUCUACGCUGCCUUGGGAGCCAUACUGUUUACCAUGUUUUUGGCAUUUGACACCCAGCUCCUCAUGGGGAACAAGCGCUACACCAUGAGUCCAGAGGAGUAUGUCUUUGCCACUCUCAACAUCUACCUAGAUAUCAUCUACAUCUUCUCCUUCUUCCUCCAAAUCUUUGGAACAAAACGGGAGUAAACCAUCACCACACCUUUCUUACAUACAGAGAGGGGAUGCACCAGUAUGGCAAU